AUGUUGUUCUACGUCCUUAUCGGCAUCCUUAUUGCAAUCCCAAGAAGUGAAAGCAUUUUCGGCAUUGGUAACCCGCAGUCAAUAGCUGUAGACGGCGAGCUUCGAUGCAAUGGCAUUCCAGCGACGAAUAUCAAAGUUGAAUUGUAUGACAAAGAAAUAUUAUUCGACACCAAACUGGCCGAAGGUCGAACUGACCCUGAUGGAAAGUUCCACCUAGAAGGAGGAAAGAGAGAGUUCACAAAUAUCGAUCCAAAGCUAAACAUCUAUCACAAGUGCAGUCACGCAGGGGCAUGCUACAGGAAAGUGAGCACAGUAAUUCCCGACAGCUUCAUUACAGAAGGCAAAACUCCGCAACAAGUCUUCCACGCUGGCACAAUAGAUCUAGAUGAAAAUCAACCUGGAGAAACGAUUGAUUGUGUCGACUAA